GACAUCCCGAGCUCUGUCAACACACGUAUUCCUUCACGCUCGACUACUCCUUUGACUUGUCGUUUAUACGCAUAUAAUGCCCUAAGUCUCUCCUAAUACUUCUCACUGAUCUCAGAUCGAACAGUAUCACUCUUGCCUAGCGACAUGUAAUUCACUACCACUUGUCGUGACACCCCAAUAUCUUACCCCGCUUUCGACCUGACUGGACAUUCGAAGGCAUCUUGAGCUGUAGCAAAGUCAGAAGCCCCUAUGCGCUGUAUAGCCCUCCGUCUCUGCUCCCAGAACUUCACCAUAUUCUGCCAGGAUGUCUCACACGUUCGUCACUGUUACCGUCUCGCCUCAGGCUCGCUUGUCAUACCUUGCCCUAGCCUCAAUACGACGCACCUUACAUACGUCGACCAGGCGCUCGUCAGGGCAAUAUCACAGAUCAGACUUUGCUGGACAGGGAUUUUCGAGCACAUAUGAAUCAGGCUUGCCAACGAACGGACCAUUAGGAGAUGCGAGUAUGGUCGGUGCACCACGUAUUACGCCAAAGAUUUUGAAGAAGCACCUGGACGACUUCGUGGUUGGCCAAGAAAGAGCAAAGAAGGUCUUGAGUGUCUCGGUCUACAAUCACUACCAACGUAUUCAGGAAUUGGAAAGACUAGACCAAGAACAUGAAGAGCGUAUUGCACAACAACAACGGCAAGAGAUGGCGUAUAGGCACCCGAUUGAAGACGAAUUUCCUGGACAGCAAGCCACUGUGAACCUCUUCUCUCCUCCUCCGCCUCGACAACCUUCUCAAAUGGAAGAUAGCUCGCUCGAAGACAAAAGCCCCUUGUCCAUCGAAAAGUCAAAUGUAAUGUUAUUGGGACCCACUGGUGUGGGUAAGACUCUGAUGGCAAAGACACUGGCGCGUGUGUUGCAAGUGCCAUUUAGCAUGUCCGAUUGCACACCCUUCACACAGGCUGGUUACAUAGGAGAAGAUGCGGAAGUGUGUGUGCAGCGCCUGCUCGCGGCGGCAAAUUACGACGUCACUGCUGCGGAGCGUGGAAUCAUAUGUCUCGAUGAAAUAGAUAAGAUCGCAACGGCAAGAGUCUCACACGGGAAGGAUGUAAGUGGCGAGGGUGUUCAGCAAGCUCUACUUAAGAUCAUUGAAGGCACAACAGUCCAAAUCCAAGCGAAACAAGAACGAGGUGCCGGGGGUCGUCCCGGAAAUUCCAAAUUUCCAUUGAAUAAUCCAUUAGGAGGGAGUGGAGGGGGUUCUAAUCAAACGGGUGGCAAGGGCGAGAUCUACAACGUCCGAACCGACAACAUAUUGUUCAUAUUCACCGGCGCCUUCGUCGGGCUACACAAGAUGAUCCUUGAUCGUAUAUCUAAAGGUAGUAUUGGCUUCGGUGCAAGAGUCCGAUCGUCAAGUCCUACUGCUGGAGCCCAUGAGACAAUGCUCAGAGGCGAAGAUGAACUCUUCCGUAAACACCUCCCCUUUUAUAUAACCGAAGACACAAACCAGCCAUGUCCACUUAGCCAUCUACAGGCCGCGAGUCUCAAGCCAUCCCAGGCAAUCUACAACACACUCGAUCUUGUCGAGCCUUCAGACCUCCAAAAAUAUGGCAUGAUCCCCGAACUGAUUGGUCGCAUCCCAGUCUCCUGUGCUCUCUCUGCUCUCGACGAAGAAGCACUUGUGCGCGUCCUGACCGAACCACGCAACAGUCUUUUAAAGCAAUUCGAGCAUCUUUUCCAGCUCAGUAGCAUUGAGCUGCGCUUCACCAGUGGUGCCUUACGGCAAGUCGCCAAAAGCGCGGCUGAAAUGGGCACUGGCGCACGAGGUCUGCGCACUGUGCUCGAGCGUCUACUUGGCGAGACCAUGUUCGAGACACCAGGCUCGCCGAUCAAACAUGUCUUGGUCACGGAACGCGUGGCGCAGAAAUUGCAGGCGCCGAUUUAUAUGCCUCGCGGACGGCAGGCGCAAUUCAAUGCCUUGAUAGAGCGCGAGGAAGAGGAAUGGGAAGCGCGGCAGCUAGGCAAAGAGGUUCCGCAAAGAGGCAUCGAGCCUGAAGCACAGAGCUUUGAGGACUACAGGCAAAAGAGCUCGGCGACCGGAUUUGCAUAGUGCAAGUGUUUGAUUGCUGCUGUAGGUGCUUGGUGUUGCAUGAAAUACUGGCGGCACUACUGUAUAUACCCACCUAAUGGAAUCGUAUGAAUGACUUGAUACUAAUCCAGAUUUCCGUUCGAUAAUGCGCCAAGGACCUGCUAAGCCUUCAGGAUGGAGGCUCACAGACACGUUGUGUUGCGGUCGCACUCUAAUUACCAUAUUAUAUUCUCCAGCGCAUAGACCAAAGCACACCCGGCAUAUCAUUUGCACUUGUUCGAAGUAGUCUACAGCAGGUGCUCACUAACAGUGCUCCGGUCCUCCGCUACUGAUCUUU